AUGGCGACCCCCAAUAACCUGACCCCCACCAACUGCAGCUGGUGGCCCAUCUCGGCGCUGGAGAGCGAUGCGGCCAAGCCGGUGGAGGCCCCCGAAGCACCCGAAGCGGCCAGCCACGCCCAUUGGCCCAAGGACAGCCUGGUUCUGUACCACUGGACCCAGUCAUUCAGCUCGCAGAAGGUGCGGCUGGUGAUCGCCGAGAAGGGCCUGGCAUGUGAGGAGCGGGACGUGAGCCUGCCGCAGAGCGAGCACAAGGAGCCCUGGUUCAUGCGGCUCAACCUGGGCGAAGAGGUGCCCGUCAUCAUCCAUCGCGAGAACAUCAUCAGCGACUACGACCAGAUCAUCGACUACGUGGAGCGCACGUUCACGGGAGGAGGGGGCGGGAGGCCCGACACAGGGCCCUUCGUGCCGCCGCCCAGCCCCCGGCCGUGCCCCGCAGAGCACGUGGUGGCGCUGAUGCCCGAGGCGGGCAGCCCCCAGCACGCGCGGGUGCUGCAGUACCGCGAGCUGCUGGACGCGCUGCCCAUGGACGCCUACACGCACGGCUGCAUCCUGCACCCCGAACUCACCACCGACUCCAUGAUCCCCAAGUACGCCACGGCCGAGAUCCGCAGACAUUUAGCCAACGCCACCAUGGACUUCAUGAAAUUGGACCAUGAAGAGGAGCCCCAGCUCUCUGAUCCCUACCUUUCUAAACAGAAGAAGCUCAUGGCCAAGAUCCUGGAGCACGAUGAUGUGAGCUACCUGAAGAAGAUCCUGGGGGAGCUGGCCAUGGUGCUGGACCAGAUCGAGGCUGAGCUGGAGAAGAGGAAGCUUGAGAACGAGGGGCAGAAAUGUGAGCUGUGGCUCUGCGGCUGUGCCUUCACCCUUGCUGAUGUCCUCCUGGGAGCCACCCUGCACCGCCUCAAAUUCCUGGGACUGUCCAAGAAAUACUGGGAAGAUGGCAGCCGGCCCAACCUGCAGUCCUUCUUUGAGAGGGUCCAGAAACGCUUUGCCUUCCGGAAAGUUCUGGGCGACAUCCACACCACUCUGCUGUCAGCAGUCAUCCCCAACGCGUUCCGGCUGGUCAAGCGGAAACCCCCAUCUUUCUUUGGGGCGUCCUUCCUCAUGGGCUCCCUGGGUGGGAUGGGCUACUUUGCCUACUGGUACCUCAAGAAAAAAUACAUCUAA